AAGCACAUCCCCCAUUCAAUUGUGCACGAGAUGUUGUGCCACACCUCCGCUACCUCGUUGCAGCUUCUCCUAACCAAGUCAGCUCUGCAAAGUGCAAGACAUCUCUCUCUCUUUCUCUCCAUCCACCUCUCUCUCUCACACACACGCGUAUGAGCAGAGCAGAUGACGAUGAGCUCCUCCAGUAUUAAUAAGCAAGAAGGGCCGAAGCUAUUCAGCUCGAGGAUCCUGUCAAGGGAUCGCUCGAGCGUGGCCAACGCGUCCUUCAGGGUAUACUACAGCCUCGGCGCCGGCACCGUGCCGUUCCUGUGGGAGUCCAAGCCAGGCACGCCCAAGAGCUCCUCCACCCCUGCCUCGGGAGCCAGCGCAGUGCCGCCGAUCUCGCCGCCGCCGCCCUACCAGCAGAAGCCGGUGUCCCAGUCCAUGGCCGAUAAGGCGAAGUUCAGGAGGAGGAGGCCAGCAGCCUCUUCUUGGCCUCCCGGAGGUUGUUGGAUCAUCGGCUGCCUGAACCUGAACGUCAGGAGACGGUCGCCGCAGCCGUCGCCAACGGAUCACCAGCAGCGACGUUGCCUUGGCGUCGUCGACGGCGACGAGCGGCGGUCGCGGCGUUCCACCAUGUGCUUCUGAAUUCUGAUGUGUGUGCUGCCCGGCCGGGACGGACACGGGGAUUAGCUGUUGCACUACGUCGGUGUUAAUUAUAGUUGUUAAGUAUUAGGUUUCUUUUUGAAGAGUGGUACGCGUGUUUGUGCAAUUGGAUUUCAUUGUUUAUGUUCUAUAGGUCGUUGGACUCGUUCCCUUUCCAGUGUUCAGCUUUAUUUGCAUAUAGGCAUGGCAUAUAUAUCAUGUUUGGUUGUUUUAGGUAUUAAUAAGGUCAUUUUUGGUA